AUGCAGUACGUCCGAAACCUUAGUGACUCUGUUUCCACGGCAUGGAACUCUAUAAAUCCCGCCACCCUCAGCGGCGCCAUCGAUGUCAUCGUCGUUGAGCACGAGGAUGGCUCCCUCUCCUGCUCGCCCUUCCACGUUCGCUUCGGUAAAUUCUCCCUCCUGCGGCCGUACGAGAAGAAGGUCGAGUUCCAGGUCAACGGCGUCAAGCAAGAGUAUUCCAUGAAGCUCGGCGAAGGCGGCGAGGCUUUCUUCGUCUUCGAGACCACCGACAACAUCCCCGAGUCGAUGCAGACUUCGCCCCUCGUCUCGCCCGCGAGCAGCCCGUCCUUGGACCCAUCGCUUCCGCCCUCCGACCCCCGGGAACCGGAACCCCUAGCUCUCGACGACGAAACAGACAGGCCGCUGAGGCCAAUGCUCCCGGACCUCCAGUCAUCGCUGCCGAACGAUAGUGGGAUACCCUCGCCCAUCUCGACCUCUCCCGGACUGCCCAAGACCCGGCGCGUCUCCGGCGACUGGCCCUCGACCCUCUCCCGCCCUCGGAGUGAUGAUGUCCUCCGCCAAUCUGCUCGCACCCCCGAGCGCGACGUCACCAGAGCCCACCACGCGGCGACGACGGACUUUUCCGAGAGAUCUGUGAGUCCUCCGCCGUUGCAGACCAAGGAAGCCGUCGAGCGCGCCAAGGCUCUCUCCAAGGAGCUCUCCGCCGUCAACAUUCCCACCAAGGUGACCGAGACGGGCGACCUCAUGUUGGACAUGACGGGGUUCAAGAGCAGCGAGGAGGACAUGCUGCGCGCCGAGGUGCUGGCGAGAAAGGUCCUGGCCGAGGAGCUCGAUGGCGACUAUGACAUCGGCGCCCUCUUCGGCUUUGACGAAGAGGGAAAUCUGUGGAUCUACAGCAGCGAAGAGGCGAAGCAGGCCGCCAUGAACUCGACGAUAGAGUCGUCCCUGCAAGCUCAUCGACGCGCCGUCGCCGACGACGCCCUCUCCGAUCCCGGCUACCAGAGCGACGGGAGCGACGUCACCGCCAGCCCCCGCGUCUCCUCCCAUCGGCGCGCCGAGUCUGAUUCGGGAAUUCAGACGCCGCCGCGGACACCUUCCGCCGGCGACCGCGGCCGGAACUACGCCAAGACGCUGCGGCUGACGAGUGAUCAGCUGAAAGAGCUGGGCCUGAAGGAUGGUGAAAACUCGAUGAGCUUCACCGUCAACCGGGCAACUUGCUCUGCCAACAUGUAUCUUUGGAAAGUCAACGUCCCCGUCGUCAUCUCCGACAUCGAUGGCACCAUCACCAAGUCGGACGCCUUGGGCCACGUUCUCAACAUGAUUGGUCGAGACUGGACGCACUCUGGCAUCGCGAAGCUCUAUAGCGAUAUCGAGCUGAACGGCUACAACAUCAUGUACCUGACGUCGCGAUCGGUCGGCCAGGCCGACACCACCCGCGCAUACGUCAACGGCAUCGUCCAGGAGGGUUGCAAGAUGCCUCACGGACCGACCAUCCUGUCGCCGGACCGGACCAUGGCUGCCCUGCGCAGGGAAAUAUACCUGCGAAAGCCCCACGUCUUCAAGAUGGCCACCCUUCGGGACAUUCGCAACCUCUACGGCCCGGAGCGGACCCCUUUCUACGCCGGCUUCGGCAACCGGCUCACCGAUCAGAUCUCUUACAGAACGGUGGACGUGCCCAGGACCAGAAUCUUCACCAUAAACUCAAACGCCGAGGUGUCUCUCGACCUCCUAAGUCUUAACAAGCUCAAGAUGAGCUACGUCAACAUCAACGAGGUCGUAGACCAUUACUUCCCACCAGUAGGCACCCUGGUUACCGGUGGUGGCGAGGACUACACCGACUUCAAGUACUGGAGAGACAACCCCCUCGACCUCGACGAGUUCUCCGCCAGCGAUAGUGACGAGGCGGAUGCCGGCGCCGACCAAGCGAGCACAUACUCCGAAGACGACGAUGAGGAUGCCGCCGACGGCCUCGGGGAUAGCUACAUCUCGCGAGGGUCCAUGGACGAGGUUGCCGAUGGCAUGUCGAACCCGGAGGAAAAUAUGAUCGGCGAAGGCGGAGAAGACGACGAAUACGAGUACGAAUAUGAAGAUGAAGAAGAUGAGACAGCAUUCGAAGAUGAUGUGCAAAUCGUCCGUCCAGACGCAAAGUCCGUUGAUAAACCGCACGUUCUCGCCGAAGACGUGUCGGCCGAGCUGAUCACGGGGGUUCGUCACCUGUCCCUGGAGAUCAACGGCGGAUCAUAA